AGAAUUCGAAAUAGCGCAGCUGCCUUUCUUGAGCCGCUGCGGUUGCCGUCGCCAUUCAAAGCCUUGCCAAAGGGGGAGUUUGUUUGGAAUUCAGUUCCGUACUUCCACCUCCCUUCCUCGUCGUUCAUGUUUCGGAGUAAUUCCGCCUCAAACGCUGCUGUCAGUCUGUGCCUCAGGAUCACAACCGUCCAGUCAUCAUGAUUAAAGCCAUUCUGAUAUUUAAUAACCACGGCAAACCGCGUCUCUCCAAGUUCUACGAGCGUUAUAGUGAAGACACACAACAACAAAUUAUAAGGGAGACGUUCCACUUGGUAUCAAAAAGAGAUGAAAACGUCUGUAAUUUCUUGGAAGGUGGCAUGUUAAUUGGAGGAGCAGACAAUAAACUUAUUUACAGACAUUAUGCAACUUUGUAUUUUGUUUUUUGUGUGGAUUCCUCAGAAAGUGAACUUGGAAUUUUGGAUCUAAUUCAGGUUUUUGUGGAAACAUUGGACAAAUGUUUUGAGAACGUCUGUGAGCUGGAUUUAAUUUUCCACGUAGACAAGGUUCACAAUAUUUUGGCAGAAAUGGUAAUGGGAGGAAUGGUUUUGGAGACCAAUAUGAAUGAAAUAGUUACUCAGAUUGAUGCUCAGAACAAAAUGGAAAAAUCUGAGGCUGGUCUUGCGGGAGCUCCAGCCAGGGCUGUGUCAGCAGUAAAAAAUAUGAACCUUCCGGAAAUGCCUCGAAAUAUUAACAUAGGAGACAUCAGCAUUAAAGUGCCAAACCUGCCCUCAUUUAAAUGAGAAAACAACCUCGGCUUCCAGUUUGGAAUAUUUUCUAAUCAAGGUUUACCAUGCAACUGUCUACCAAAUUAAAUAUCUAAUUAGUAUCAAAAGGUACGUUGGGAAAUUAUAUUCUACAUUGCACCAGUAAAACAUAAAAAGCAUUUUGUUGUGCUUGAUUUAUUUUAUAUCCAGUUUCCUGUGUAAUGUUACAUUUACAUUGACAUUCCAGUGCUCUCUGAAGUGACUUUUUAUUGUGUGCUGGCUGCUAUUUAAGGUAAUUAUUUAAGACACAGUGACUUUGUACAAUCUGUGCUAUCAAUUAUUCUUUGUAUAUCUGAUGGAAUCCAUAUAAACAGUAAAAAAACUCUCUGACUAUUUUGGGAAUAUUUGUAUUUAUUUAGAAAUCUGUUGUAUAGUGGAGCUAAUGAACAUUUUCUUAAGGUUCUCACUUGCAGUAUUAUGAUAGUUUAAAAAGAAAUGCAACAGAUCUUCAAAUGUGAAGAUUGUUAUCUUUUUCAAUUCAGAAUUUGUUGUAGAAUCCAGCGUCGGCAAACAAGUCAUUUCCAAUAUUUUGUUGUCUUUGUAUUCCUGAUAGCUUCACGUGCAUUUAUACUCAAUGCUGACGUUAUCAGAUGAGGUUAAAGACAAAAUAACAAGGGGUUUGACAUUCAAUUUUAAAAUGCAAAAAUAAGCUUUUAAAGCUUGGCUUGCCCGGGAUGCAAGGUUUAAGUUCCAUCUUAAUUCAAACACAUACCGGUUUAUGAACAAGAUUUGCACCUAUUGUAGGUGUGACCUAUGGUUUCUAAAAGUUGUUUAAUUUUUAUAAUGGAAAUGCUAGCCCAUUAAGCACAAUGCAUUACUUGUACAAAACGAACAAUUGAAAUAUUCAUUGUUUAGAAAUAUAGCAUUUAUGACUGAAUUUUACUUGAAGUUAUUGACAAAUUCAAAAAUGACUUUUAAUGAUGAAGGAAAGAAAGUACCUAUUGAGCCAAAAAGGAUUUAAUCAAGAGAAGUCUGCCUAGAUGGAAUUUAAAGAUUGUGGCUAUAAUGGCUAAAUACUACAACUUGAAAUGUUUUGAAAAUAAACAUAUUUACAACCUGAAAAAAAUAUUUAAUUUCAUUGCAGCAGAAUAUACAUAAAGUAGUGAAUACAUUUAUAUAUUGUGCAGCAUAAUAUAGCUUAUAACUGUAUCACCUUAUUUGUUAUAUGGUUAAUAAAGUUAUAUUUACUUUCCCUUGA